GUUUUCUUGCUCUUGUAAGUUAUUAUUAUAAUAAUCACUUUCCUUUUUAAUCGAUUUGUUCUUGUUUCUGCUUUUCUUGGUGUGAUUUAUGGUUGCUCAAGCUCAUUAUGCGUUCUGGGUUUUGUCUUUUAUGGAUGCUCAAAGCUGUUAAGGCCAUGAAAAUUCCCAUUUUAGUCUAAUUUGGGAGCUGGGUUUUUCUGGGUUCUAAGUGUAAUUAUUGUUUUGUUCUGAUUCUGGAGUGUAUUGGUUUUAUCGGGUCUUGUAAUCUCUCGCAUAUGGAAUGAAAUUUUUGUGAGUUUCAGAAUCUCAGAAGUUGGUUUCUUGAUAUGCCACCACAGCACUGAUAAGGUGGAGCUUUAUAUUGAAAGAGAAUAAGAGUAAAUUUUUGUGCUUUCUAUAUUUGGAAUUCCUUAAUUGGCAUUUCUCUUUAAUGCGUAUGGUUAUUCUGUGUUGUGAAAAUAUUACAGUGAGGAAUUUGGUGCUUUACUUUGGUGUCUUUGGAUUUGGGAUUCUUUUUACUUUCGCUUAAUUUUUGAAAACAAGAUCAUAAAUUUGAUUAUUUGGAAUAGAUUCGUUGCUCUGGUUUGGGAUUUGGUGCCAAUGGUUUUAUUUGCUCCAUAGUUAAUAAAACCAUUGGUGACAUAUCAUAGGCUAGGGAUUGUGCUUUCAAAGUUUAGAGCAUCCUCUUUGUUCUUAAGGUUUUAGAAAUAUUUCUUGAGAGGGGAUGCAGCGAGUUCGAUUGUCCUCAGAACAAGCACCUGUGCACAAACUAGGGGAUUCUCAAAUGACACUAUCCCCAAAGUUUAGGUUAGCUGUGAUACCACCUUCUUUCUUGAACCCUUCGGCAGAGUUAGAAUUGUCUAUGAGGGGAGAACCCUUAAUUCCAGGCCUUCCAGAUGAUGUUGCACUAAACUGUCUACUUCGUCUUCCGGUCAAGAGUCACUCAUCUUGCAAAGUUGUUUGCAAAAGAUGGCAUCUCCUUCUUGGGAGGAAAGAACGAUUUUUCACUCGAAGAAAAGAAUUAGGCUUCAAAGAUCCUUGGCUCUUUGUUUUUGCCUUCCACAAGUGCACUGGAAAGAUUCAGUGGCAGGUUCUUGAUCUCACUUACUUCUCUUGGCAUACCAUCCCUUCAAUGCCUUGUAAAGACAAGGUGUGUCCCCAUGGAUUCAGAUGCAUUUCGAUUCCCCGAGAGGGGACUCUCUUUGUUUGUGGGGGUAUGGUCUCUGAUGUAGAUUGUCCCCUUGACUUGGUCCUCAAGUACGAAAUGCAGAAAAACCGUUGGACUGUAAUGAGUCGGAUGAUCACUGCUAGGUCUUUUUUCGCAAGUGGGGUGAUUAAUGGUAAAAUUUAUGUUGCUGGAGGAAACAGUGCAGAUCUUUUUGAGUUGAACUCAGCUGAGGUUUUGGAUCCCAUGAAAGGAAGUUGGCAAUCCAUUGCUAACAUGGGAGCAAAUAUGGCCUCUUAUGAUGCUGCAGUUCUCAAUGGGAAGCUUCUUGUUACAGAAGGCUGGUUGUGGCCUUUCUAUGUCUCUCCUCGAGGUCAGGUUUACGAUCCCAGAACUGAUCAUUGGGAAAGUAUGGCUGUUGGACUAAGGGAAGGAUGGACAGGUUCAAGUGUGGUGGUUUAUGGACACUUGUUUGUAGUCUCGGAACUCGAAAGAAUGAAAGUUAAGGUUUAUGAUUUAGAUACUGAUUCUUGGGAGCCUAUUGAAGGACCUCCAUUGCCAGAACAGAUUUGUAAACCUUUUGCUGUAAACGCCUGCGAUUGCAAGAUCUAUGUCGUUGGUCGGAACCUUCAUGUUGCUGUGGGACACAUCUCCAAACUUAACCAAAAGAGCAGCUCUGAGAAGUGGAACUUUGGUGUACAAUGGCAUGUGGUUGAUGCACCUGAUUGUUUCUCUGACUUGACACCCUCAAGUUCUCAGAUUCUGUUUGCUUAGUAGAUAUUUCAUUUCAAUUUUCCUUUUCAUAUUGUGAUAUAAAUAUAUAUCUGAUCUUAAAUAAGCUGUAAUUAUACGAGAUAGUUCAUGUUGUAGAGUGCUUAAUGGUUGUGUGAAAGUUCUUUUGGUGGUUAUAAUGCACUUAUUAUAAAUUACUCUUGCUAUUUUCUCAAA